AUGGCGAAACACACAGGCGCUCAAAUGAUGAUGCAGCGCCAGCCCUUUUUUCUCAAAUGCCAAGGGCUCGGCAUCUGGGCACCUUGGCGAAGCGCGCCUGCAAACAGCAGAGUUUCCGCUGCCAUGGCUCUCCCUGGUCUCUCCGCUGUUCCUCUACCCUAUAAGUCUCUCUUUCCGCCCUUGCCCUUCCUCCUGAUGGGAUACUGGUCGCCUGCUCGCAUGUAUGAGUGGUUAUGA